AUGGAAGUGUCCACCUACGACCCGUGCCUCUUACACUGCUCUGAUUCGAAGCAAGGAUUUGGUAUUGUCGGCAUGCAAACCGACGAUACACUAAUCGUUGCGAACGACACCUUCGCAGCACGUGAAGAAGAAGAGAUCCGACGUGCGAAGAUUCUCUGCAAGCCCCGUGAACAGCUAACAGCCAAUAAUCCGCUCAAAUUCAAUGGUGCGGUUGUUACAGAGACCGCCCAGGGCAUUACCCUCACCCAGAAACGCACCUGCAGCCAUAUUCGGCCCGUACAGGAUCAAGCCGCGGAUACUACGAACUCACGUGGCAAAGUACGAAAAGAUGCCACACCGCACGAACAAUACGUUGCUCAGCGAGCUCUUGGUGCGUAUAUAACUUCAAUGUCACAACCCGAAGCUUCAUUUGAUCUAUCGUACGCAGCACAAGCUACGGAUCCACAAAAAGACGAUAUCAAAGCCUUGAAUAAACGGCUACAAUGGCAAAUUGACAACCCCGAGCGAGGACUACGAUUCGUCAAACUAGACGUACAGACCCUACGGCUUAUCGCAUUUGUCGACGCUUCAUUUGCAAAUAAUAAGGAUUAUUCUUCACAACUCGGCUACGUUAUCGUACUAGCAGACGAAGCAAAUAACGCGAAUAUCCUUCAUUGGUCAUCUACGAAGUGCAAGCGAAUCACACGUAGCGUACUCGGCUCAGAAACGUACGCACUAGCUAAUGGAUUCGAUGCUGCAGCUGUAAUCAAGUCAACUCUUACGCAGCUACUCCAUCUCACCGAACCACUUCCGCUUAUUGUUUGCACCGAUUCGAAGAGCUUAUAUGAAUGCCUCGUCAAGCUCGGCACCACACACGAGAAACGCCUUAUGAUCGAUCUCAUGUGCCUCCGCCAAUCGUACGAACGACAAGAGAUCACGGAGGUCAGAUGGAUUGAUGGCAACAGCAAUCCUGCCGACGCCAUGACAAAGAGCAAGCCGUGCCACGCUCUACAAGAGCUUAUUGAUACGAACAAGCUACGUAUCAACGUUGACGGAUGGGUGGAGAGAUCAGUUACGACGCGCAGCCCCGAACCGAAGGCUGUAAGAUUCGCUACACUAUUGGAAUCACCGAAGCAGUAG